AUGGACUAGCAUGAAUACAAAGAAAAUUAUUAUGAUGCAAAUAUAAUGAAAAGGAGAAGAAUUUAAGAUAAAGGAAUGGUUGCUCCAAUCUUAGAAGUCUUUAUGGAUAUUUGUAAGAAACUAGAUUAUGUAAUGAAAAUUAAUUUAAAAAGAGACAUCAAAAGAAUAUUUACAGAUGGUGAUACCUAUUAAUGAAUCAAGAGAAAUUCUGUAAAAUACAGAUUAAAUAAUCAUCUUAAAUUAUUUAAAAUAGAUAGCUAUUUAUUUGAUAAAAUCUAAAUUAGAAUUAGAGGAUAAAUUGUGUUCGCUUGGGGAUAGCAAAUAAUUUGAAAUUGAGUUAUAGAAAAUGGAAGCAGAUAUAAGAUAACAUAUAAGAGUGCAAUAAUAACUAUAAAUUUUAUUAGAAUAAGCUCAAUAAAAGUUAGAGGAAUUUGAAUCUGAAAAAGUUAAAUCUGAACAGUUUAUAACUGAAUUAAAAAAAAGUCUUGAUAAUAAAGAAAAAGAAUUAAUGACAAUUAAGAAUGAAAUAUAUGAUACAAAACAUAAAGGAAAUCAGAAGAUUCCCUUUUAAGCAACUAAAACAGAACCAAUAUAAUCAUCAAUGGAUCAUUUAGAUAAUUUAUAGCUUUUCACUUUAGUAGAGAAUUCUCCAAAUAAAAAUAACUUUAAUUAAGUAUAAGCUGCCAUUAGGAAAGGUCGGAAUUAACAAUUAAGUAAAGAACCAUAAAAACCUAAAGGAGAUAAUACUCCUUAAUUGAGUAAGUGUUGUUCCAUAAUGAAAGAAUCUUAAACUAAUGAUUCCCCAGAUAAAAUAGCAAGAAAAUAUUCAUAGCCAAAUUAUAUGGAGAUAAAUGCACUUAGAUAAUUAAUUAAAAAACCUUGGUAUACCUAUUGAUUCAUUUUUAAAGUCCUUUGAAUUAGAGAAAUGAACCUUAGAGUUUUAGAAGUAUUAGUUAAGAGAAUUCACGUAUUCCUAAAAAAUGCUGA